AUGAGCAGUGCUGCAACUGCUAGAUCUUUAGAUGUGAGUAUGGUUACCACCACCAAUACCCUAAGAGCCCUUGCAGCUACACGAUUCACUGGCGCGUCCAAAAUCUCCCAAACCCAACCUGGAAUGGUGGUGGUAGCUGUCGAAGAUGGAACUGGGUUGACUGCGGAGGCAGAUGGGAAUGCAAAUACAGAGCCUGAGAGAGACUCAUUAGCUGAUAAUGGCAAUAAUAAUGUUGGAAGUUCAGCAAAAUCCAAUUACCAACCAUAUGGCAUUGAUUUCCCUGAAGGACCUACUGGAAGAUUUUGCAAUGAUCGAACUAUAUCAGAUAUCAUCGCUGAACAUUUAGGUUUUGAUGAUUUCAUUCCAUCAUUUGCACGUGCACUAGAUCAGGACAUCCUCAUGGGUGUGAAUUAUGCUUCUGGCGGAGCUGGUAUUCACAAUGAAACUGGAAGGAAAUUGGAUUUAAAUUCUCUCAAAUUGACCAUCCAAGUUGAUAGAGCAGUCGGGUUUAAUGGGUUUGUUUUUGAGCCUUACUUUGGUGAUUUGAAUCAUUCAUCUUUUAGGAUUAAUUGA